AUGCCGGUCCGUAGGGGCCACGUCGCGCCCCAAAACACUUACCUGGACACCAUCAUCCGCAAGUUCGAGGGCCAGAGUCGUAAGUUCCUGAUUGCCAAUGCUCAGAUGGAGAACUGCGCCAUCAUUUACUGCAACGAUGGCUUCUGUGAACUCUUCGGCUACUCCCGAGUGGAGGUGAUGCAGCGACCGUGCACCUGCGACUUCCUCACAGGCCCCAACACCCCGCGCAGUGCCAUGUCCCGCCUGGCGCAGGCCCUGCUGGGGGCCGAGGAGUGCAAGGUGGACAUCCUCUACUACCGCAAGGAUGCCUCCAGCUUCCGCUGCCUGGUGGACGUGGUGCCCGUGAAGAAUGAGGACGGGGCUGUCAUCAUGUUCAUCCUCAACUUUGAGGACCUGGCCCAGCUCCUGGCCAAGAGAGGGAGCCGCAGCCUGUCCCAGCGCCUGCUGUCCCAGAGCUUCCUGGGCUCUGAGGGCUCUCAUGGCAGGCCAGGUGCACAGGGGCCUGGCACAGGCAGGGUCAAGUACAGGACCAUCAGCCAGAUCCCGCAGUUCACGCUCAACUUCGUGGAGUUCAACCUGGAGAAGCACCGCUCGGGCUCCACCACAGAGAUUGAGAUCAUCGCACCCCACAAGGUGGUAGAGCGGACCCAGAAUGUCACCGAGAAGGUCACCCAGGUCCUGUCCCUGGGUGCAGACGUGCUGCCAGAGUACAAGCUGCAGGCACCACGCAUCCACCGUGGGACCCUCCUGCACUACAGCCCCUUCAAGGCCGUGUGGGACUGGCUCAUCCUGCUGCUGGUCAUCUACACAGCUGUCUUCACUCCCUACUCGGCCGCCUUCCUGCUCAGUGACCAAGACGAGUCUCAGCGUGGGGACUGUGGCUACACCUGCAGUCCUCUCACUGUGGUGGACCUCAUCGUGGACAUCAUGUUUGUUGUGGACAUUGUCAUCAACUUCCGCACCACCUAUGUCAACACCAACGACGAGGUGGUCAGCCACCCCCGCCGCAUCGCUGUCCACUACUUCAAAGGCUGGUUCCUCAUUGACAUGGUGGCCGCCAUCCCCUUCGACUUGCUCAUCUUCCACACAGGCUCUGAUGAGACCACGACCCUGAUCGGGCUGCUGAAGACGGCGCGGCUGCUGCGGCUGGUGCGCGUGGCGCGGAAGCUGGACCGCUAUUCUGAGUACGGGGCGGCCGUGCUCUUCCUGCUCAUGUGCACGUUUGCGCUCAUCGCGCACUGGCUGGCCUGCAUCUGGUACGCCAUCGGCAACGUGGAGCGGCCCUACCUGGAUCCCAAGAUUGGCUGGCUGGACAGCCUGGGCGUGCAGCUCGGCAAGCGCUACAAUGGCAGUGACCCAGCCUCGGGCCCCUCGGUGCAGGACAAGUAUGUCACGGCCCUCUACUUCACCUUCAGCAGCCUCACCAGCGUGGGCUUUGGCAACGUCUCACCCAAUACCAACUCUGAGAAGGUCUUCUCUAUCUGCGUCAUGCUCAUCGGCUCCCUCAUGUACGCCAGCAUCUUCGGCAACGUAUCCGCCAUCAUCCAGCGCCUGUACUCGGGCACCGCGCGCUACCACACGCAGAUGCUGCGUGUCAAGGAAUUCAUCCGCUUCCACCAGAUCCCCAACCCGCUGCGGCAGCGCCUCGAAGAAUACUUCCAGCACGCCUGGUCUUACACCAACGGCAUCGACAUGAACGCGGUGCUGAAGGGCUUCCCCGAGUGCCUGCAGGCCGACAUCUGCCUGCACCUGCACCGCGCGCUGCUGCAGCACUGCCCGGCCUUCCGCGGCGCCAGCAAGGGCUGCCUGCGCGCGCUCGCGGUCAAGUUCAAGACGACGCACGCGCCCCCCGGGGACACGCUGGUGCACCUCGGCGACGUGCUCUCCACGCUCUACUUCAUCUCCCGCGGCUCCAUCGAGAUCCUGCGCGACGACGUGGUUGUGGCCAUCCUAGGAAAGAACGACAUCUUUGGGGAGCCCGUUAGCCUCCAUGCCCGGCCGGGCAAGUCCAGUGCAGACGUGCGGGCCCUGACCUACUGUGACCUGCACAAGAUCCAGCGGGCAGACCUGCUGGAGGUGCUGGACAUGUACCCCGCCUUCGCAGACAGCUUCUGGAGUAAGCUGGAAGUCACCUUCAACCUGCGGGACGCAGGCGGAGGUCUCCAGUCAUCACCCCAACAGGCUCCAGGCAGCCAGCACCACCAAAGCUUCUUCCUCAGUGACGACCAGUCAGCCAGCCCCCACAGGCUGGGGCCCCAGCCCCAGUCUCAGGGCUACAGCCUUCUGGGUCCUAGAAGCCAGACCACUCUGGGGGCAGGACCUUGUACUCCAGGGCACCCAGGCACAACCCCUUCCCUGAGCAUCUCAGACGCAUCUGGCCUCUGGCCUGAGUUGUUGCAGCAAGUGCCCCCAAGGCCAAGGCACAGCCCCGCAAACCCUCAGGGAGACCCAGACUGCUGGCCCCGGGAGCUAGGCUCCAGGCUAGAGCAGCUGCAGGCCCAGAUGAACAGGCUGGAGUCCCACAUGUCUUCAGAGCUCAGCCACAUCCUGCAGCUCCUUCAGCAGCCGCUGCCCCAGGGCCACACUGGCUACAUUCUGGGAGCCUCUGCCUUGUUUCCUGCGGCCUCAGCGACUCAGAGUCCAGCAACUAGGCUGCCCCAGGGCAGUCUGCCCCCUGCACAGACCCCAAGCUCCGGUGACUUGGACAAAUGUGGGCCGAAGCACAGGAAUUCCUCCUCCACGUUACCUCACCUGAUCACGGCAGUGGACAAAACUACAACACUCUCCUCGGAACAGGAGCAGCCUGCGGGGCUCCUACCACCCCUGGCAUCUCCUCUGCAUCCCCUGGAGGUACAGGGACUUGUCUGUGGUCCCCGCUUCCCCUCCUUCCCUGAACAUCUCAGCUCUGUUCCCAAGCAGCUGGAGUUCCAGAGACAUGGCUCAGAUCCUGGAUUUGCAGGGAGUUAGAGCCACUGAACCCCAAGAUAAAAGACACCAUGAGGGCACUGAAGGUGGAUGAGGUGAAAGUUAAGGAUUUGGGGAAGGCAGAUAGCCUCCAAAAUGGGCCUCUGACAACCAUUCUCCUAGAGUAGCUAUAAAGUGCUAACCCAGAUGACCCAAGACAGCGGGGGUGGAGAGGCUCAGCACUCUUCCCAGCCUCCUUCAGGGCGCUGUUUAGACAGUGGGCCUGGUGGAGGGUGGGUGAGCUUCGGGCAUGGAGGUAGCUUACAGAACAGAGGGGUCAAUGAGGAAAAGAGAAAAAGUUUCCGAUCUUUUGUAUGAGAGCCUUGCUCUGGGCUGGGUGUGAUCACCUCCUGGCUCAGAACUAUCCACCACCUCACAGCCCAGCACCCAUGAUUGGUCAGACCUCCUGCCUAGAGCCUGUGACCCAGCUGGAGAUGAAAGUGUCCUCUGUAGCGAACACAUCAGGGCACAGAGCUCCAGCCCUUGGCCGCUCUGCCCCUGACGGUUCUGUAAGGACCUUUGGGACCCUAGCAGGCAGUGGAGUACCUCACAGCUAAUAAAGUCUGCACAUUUCAUGUUGAGUUGGGUGUGUAACUUACCUGAGGGUCAUCAGGUUCUUGACUGUGCCAUGACCCCAACAUCUGUUGUCUUGUCCAAGCCCCUCUCAAAGGAGCUGUGUGCUGGGGACCUGAAGGUGGCUCCAUCAGGCCCAGGAGCCCCUGGAUCAUGGGGCUCUUAGC